CACACGUACCUACCUACGUGUAUCCGAACAACAAAGAGGGCGUAAAACAAUCCGCCAUCUUGUCUUUAUGACAAUUUACGGAAAUUAGAUUUUUUAAAGUUUUAAACUUGUAUAAAUCUAAUGAAUCCUUAAACAAAAGUGAUAUUUUAAAACCAGUGAAGUGUGUUUAAGUCCUGUGAUAUUUGUGUCUCUUAGUAUUUGUUUACGGUGAUAUUGACGAUUUUAGUGAACCGAUUUUGACGUCAAAUAAAACAGCUCUAGAAAUAACAAAAUGGGCACAAGAGACGACGAAUACGAUUAUUUGUUCAAAGUUGUUUUGAUCGGCGACUCUGGGGUCGGUAAAAGCAGUCUCCUUUCACGUUUCACUAGAAAUGAAUUCAACUUAGAGUCAAAAUCCACAAUAGGAGUGGAAUUCGCGACAAGAAGUAUAGAGGUGGACGGCAAAACCAUAAAAGCUCAGAUAUGGGACACGGCCGGCCAAGAGCGUUACCGUGCUAUCACUUCGGCGUACUACCGCGGGGCGGUGGGGGCGCUUCUCGUGUACGACAUAGCCAAGCAUUUGUCUUACGAGAACGUGGAGAGAUGGCUUCGUGAGCUCCGCGAUCAUGCGGAUCAGAAUAUACUGAUCAUGCUGGUGGGCAACAAGAGCGAUCUGAGGCAUCUUAGAUCCAUCCCGACAGAAGAGGCGAAGGCGUUCGCGGAAAGGAACGGUCUUAGUUUUAUCGAGACGUCGGCACUUGACUCCACCAACGUGGAGCCGGCGUUUCAGAAUAUUCUCACUGAAAUCUACAGGAUUGUGUCGCAGAAGCAAAUGCGCGACCCCCCGGACGGCGACCAGACCAUCCGGCCCGACGCCGAGCCCGCCGACGCGCGCCCCUCGCAGGCCGACAGCGUGCGCAGGCAGUGCUGCCAGUAGCCGGCGAACAGAAAAGUCCAUUAAAUGUUGGAGCCGAAAGAAGAAGCAAGAAGAGUUCUAAAUGCAAACAUUACGAAUCAUUCCUAGACAGUGGUCUUACCAUCAUAAUAAAAUCAAUGUUGCCAGCACCAAAAAUAUCUAGACUAACUUCAAUAAACAAGACAGUUUUUUGUUCACUCUGCACUGUCUAUGGUUAGAGGAAUUUUAUGUUGGCAACACUCAGCGAUAAAGGGUGGCUCAUGUAGAUAGCUUGUGUAAGUAUUGAUAUUUAGCAUCUGAACGAAUAAAUAUUAUAAAACGUGAAACAAUACUAUAUAAAACACAAUUUAGACCCAUGCUUCUGUUUCAAAGCACUCAUUUUUCGGUCACUAAUUCAUGCUAAUUUGUUAAAGAUGUAAUUUUUUUUAUUUGAAGAAGUUAAAACUUUUAUUUUGACUUAGCUAAUCCCAUGUAAUAUGUAUUUAUUUAGUGAAUUUAUCAGUGGCUAGUUAGUAAAAGGCCGUGGUAUAUCAUGUGCUUUGCACUCUUACACUGAGGUGAAUAUCGAAAACAAAGAAUUCCGAGCAAUAAAAUUCGUCUGGCAAACGAAAUGUUGAUAUCACACAAAUCAUAGCUUCAUAAUAUUAAAGUGUCUAAUUGUUUUUUUGUAUUACACUAGCGUAGUUCUUAACUAAGUAACGAAAUAGCUUUUUUAAAUACAUUUUGUUUACUUGAUAUUACGUGCCUUCUGUGGUCAUUGUGGAAUAUUUAUUGAUUAUCAUUAAGGCGGUUGCUUUGACACUUGAGAUGUAAGAUUGAAAAUGAUUUGAACAGUGUUUUAAUUGAGGAUAGCUAUGCUAUAUACCAGUUUAUUUUUGUUUAAUCUUAAAAUUGCAGUUGUUAACAUCAAUUUGUGAAAGGCUCGUGAACACCAAACGCAGGUUUGAAACAGCGCAGUAUGUCAUACAAGAGACUGCGCUCAAACGGCUCUAACAUUUCUUGUAUUGAAGUUAGGUGCGGGCUAGCUUUCAAACUGCGCUGCUUCGUUUUUAUAGCUACGUUUGGUGUCCUCAAGCCUUAAGUAGCCGCCUGACAAAGGCUUAAAGCUUUUAAUUUCGCGUUGGGUAUUAGAGUUUAUUAGGACCGUGUUCUCAUUGGUUCUAAGCCCCGUGACGUUGCAAUAAAAUAUGGCGUUAGUCCCGAAUCCGGCCCUCAGGCCCGAUAAGGCGAAUGGUUUACUCUAGAACGUAUCUAAUUUAUUUAAAUCUCAAAAUAAUAGAUGAUCUAUUGAAAACGUUUUAAUUUUGAUAAAGAAAAUAGAAUAAUCCAUAGAUUGUUUAAACAAAAAAUAUGUUUUUUUAAAACUGUUAAUUAAAUUUUGUUCGUAAUUUGAUUUUGUAAUAAUUGUUUCUGGGGUGAACCCAAAGGCCGGUGGUGCAUUUAUAGUAUUCUAUGAUGUAUGUCUAGUCACUGCGGCAAUACUCAAAUGCAAUGGUGCUUUACAAUGACUAAAUCUGUAAGGUUCGAUUUAAAAUAUUAAUUAUAUGUGUACACCCAGUCAAGGAAAGAUUUUUCAAAUGACUAGGCCUACCGUUAUAAUUUGUUUUCUAAUCUAUUUUUUCGCUUUAUGCUUAUAAAAUGACAAAAAAAGAGAUUAUAACGAUGCAUCAUCGACCCUAGGGACGGGCGUUCUCAGCUUACAGUUUUGUAUCGAUAAAACGCCCCAUCCAUAGGAAUCGGAAUAAUAUAAAACAAUAGAAACGGCAUUUGGAAACUAUAGGUAUAUUGUCUCCCCGUCUUGCAUCACACGCAGUUGUAAAGCUGUCAAAUAUAUGAAAAUUUAAAACACAGACACAAAUUUAUUAUUUAUGAACACAUUAUAAAAUGUCUUUUUUUUCAUGUACCUAUUUACAAUGGCCUACCCCAACUGAUAUCUAUACGCCGCCACUUUAAUGGGGUCCCAAGGUAUACCAUAUCUAUAAUCUUAUAUUAUUCCGAACUCUAUGGUCCCAUCCCAAGUCCGGGCCUGAAGCCUUACUCUACGGCAAUCUAAAUUGAGCCUUAUGAAUUGGUAUUUAGGUUGUUUCAGCGUAAGGCCCGCUACGUGCCAUUGUUAUCAGCUGUAAGUAUCGGUACUAAGGCCUACGGUUUCUGUUUGAUACUGGAGAUACGGUGUUUGUUGUUCUAAGGAAUAUAUAAUUGUAUUAUGGUCUUACAUAUGCAUGGUUAUUUUUUUAGUGCCUACCUGUAAUUACUUUAUUAAAGACAAAGAUAAUAAAUAUAAUGUAAAUUGAA